CACAAGACCAUGAGGACUGCAGUCAGCUGCCUUAUUCUGGGAUUUGUCAUUUGUCAUUUGUCUUGGAUUUGUCGCUUUCCACAACAAUGAAAAAGGGAGAACCCCACGGCAACAGCUAUCUGACGAAUAUUGGAAUUUACUGUACUAUACAGGUUUAGUUUCUAUGGAUGAUGAAAACAGUGAUGGUGGCAUAGUUAAAGAUUGUGGCCCUAAUUCUGUUCCUUCCAGUAAAUCCAGCUGUGUCUGUAAAGAAGGAUACAGGAUGGUAUCUAGGAAAAUGACUUCCUUGGGAACCAGUCAGACCACUUGUGAGAAAAUUGCCUACCACUGCCAACAAGAUGUUGUAAGAGAAAAUGACAAUGUAAGGACCUGUUUCAAUGCAACAAAACCAGAGGAUAACUUAAAUCAUAACAGUUUCUACUGCUUGGUGGUGGUGUCCACCUUCCGCCUCUUGAGACUCAUCUGUGAAAAUGGCAGCCUGAGAACAACUUCCUUGCAGGACACAGUGGACUCCUUUGAAGAAUUUCUUGUCAACAUUUCCCUACAGAGUAUUGAAGCAAAGGAGGAGGUUGGGUCAGUUGUGAUGUGGGGUCUGAAAGGAUUAGGCUCAGCCUCAGUAGCAAAAGCUCUUGCGUCACCAGAGAAACAAUCUCAGACUGUGGUUACUAACUCAGUAGUGAUUCAAACACGCAUCAUCAAUGAAGAGGACAUUUCAAAAAAUGAAACACUCCACUUAAAAGCUCAAGGAGACCAAAUGGCCAUUGAUCCCAGAGCACUGACUGACAAAACCACCCAAGGUCCUGUUGCUGUGGCUUUCAUAUCAUACAGUAGGCUGCAAUCAUUCCUGAAUGGGACUUUUCCCCAAGAUGAGACUGCAUUGAACUCUAAAGUGCUGCAAAAAAGCUGCCAUAUGAACUCCAGGAUCACAAGCGCUUCCGCCAGCAGCUGGAUGAGGAAUCUUUCCAGGCCUGUCAACCUCACUUUUCAUCACCUUGAGAACAAAGUUCCCCAAGAGAAAGCUAUUUGUGUGCACUGGAACUCUGCAGGCAGAGAUGGUGCCUGGUCCCCUGAGGGUUGCAGGCACCUCCGUUCUAACACCACUCACUCAGAAUGCAGCUGUCGGUACCUGUCCAGCUAUGCUGUGCUGAUGGCCCCCAUUCUUAAGCAGGGAGAUCUAAUCCUCUCCAUUAUCAGCUACAUUGGACUGAUCAUGUCACUCAUCUGCCUCUUCCUGACUAUUGUUACAUUUCUCUGUUGCCGCUCCAUCCAGAACAGCAGCACAUUCAUCCACCUACAGCUGAGCAUCUGUCUCUUCUUUGCUGAUCUCCUCUUCAUAAUUGGGAUAGACAAAACGUACAACAAGAUCCUGUGCUCGGUCAUAGCUGGAACACUGCAGUACCUCUUCCUGGCCUGUUUCAUGUGGAUGUUCUUGGAAGGUAUGAAUCUCUACGUCGUCAAAAACUUGAAAGUGGCAAAUUAUAGUGGUGCCAGCAAGCGUAUGAAGAUAUCCAUGUAUCUUUCUGGCUAUGGGCUCCCGGCCAUGAUAGUAGCCAUUUCUGCAGCAAUUGCACCCACGUCCUAUGGGACUCAUAACUGCUGGAUUACCUAUGAGGAAGGCUUUAUCUGGAGCUUCCUGGGACCUGUCUGUGCCAUAACUGUGAUCAACAUAGUGUUUUUCUGCCUUAUCCUGAAGAUCUUGCAUGAGAAGCUUGUAUCUCUCAACUCAGAAGUAUCUACCCUCAAAAAUACUAGGUCCCUGACAUUUAAGGCAAUCGCCCAUGUGUUCAUCCUGGGCCUGACUUGGUGCCUAGGCCUCUUUCAGUUUGGCCCUCUGGCUGAUGUUAUGGCAUACCUGUUCACAAUCACCAGCAGUGUGCAGGGAGUCUUCAUCUUCCUGGUGCACUGCUUGCUCAACAGAAAGGUGAGAGAAAUAUAUUGGUGUUUGAUUUCAUGCAAGAAAGAUAUCCAGCCUCCUGUUUCUGAGAUGACUAUGACUUCUGUCAUCAUCAGCUCUCCCAAGAAAAAUGAGGAAAGUACUGCUUCAGGACAGCAACAGAAGGUGGAAUGGGAGGGAGAGGCAUGAUCAAAUACCAUUUUGGUUUCUUCUUCAAAAUACAACAGAAUGAAGCUAUGGGUUUUUUUUCAUAUCCAGUCAACUACUCUUUGUCUGGUUGCCUCCACAUUUUUAACAUAACAGAAAACUGAAGGUUCUGAUUUUCAAGUCCUUUCCAAUUGCUAUUAGAAAAUUUAGCAUAAAAAAGCAAUGCACUAUAGGUCUCCAAAACUCCUGUUGCACAUUCCAUUUUUAGAUGAUAGAAUGUGUGCUUUCAGCAAAGCAAUGGGCAUAGAUUGAACAAAUGCGGAGGAAAGGACACAUGGCCUGUCACUUGAUAUGAAGAGUGUGCGUGUGCGCGAGUGCAUGCGUGUGUGUGUGUGUGUGUGUGCGUGUAAUGAUGAACCUUGAGUAUGAGUUAGGUUUGCUGUUGUUCUUGUCAACUUACAAUAUGUAAUACAACAUUAAAUGCAAAUGAGGACUGUGGAGGGAUGUAUUUGGACUUCAGAGCAAUGAGCUGUUCAUCUAGCUCUUUUAGAAUGCCACUUGUGGGGGACCAAUACAAUUGUGGGGAGUCUACUUGGAAACUGGCCAUUUUAGUCCAGGAGUUAAAUGUGUUUCGAUUUCAUUUAAAGUUAAAGGAUUAUUAUGAGUACCAACUAUAUAAUCCAAUUUUCAAAUCAUACUGGCCAACCCAAAGAGGUGGUUUUAAGAAUAACUAAAAUAAUACAUAGGAAGAACACAAAACACACAAAAUAAUGAUUAACAUUUAACACCCUUAAAUGUGCAUGUGAUGAAGAGGUUGUCUGGUGACAGAUGAAGUAGCACUUUAUGUGUGGUGAGCCAAUCUGAAGACUCCUUUAUAAAAAGACUCAACCAUGUCCCACCCUGUAGAAAAAGCUGCAUAAAUUGGCCCUUAAAUUAAACGUUUUGCCUUGUUAGAAUGUGAAAUGGAGAAGAGAGGAAAGGAAAAUAGCUUUUGCUCCAGAGAAACUAUGGGGGAAGUGAGAGGGUAUAGCCCUAUCCCCAGUUGAGGUAAUAAUGUGAUUAUCAAUGAGGGUGGGGAUGAGGAACUUGAGGUCCUCCAGAUGUUGCUAGACUACAACUCCCAUAGUCCCUGACCAUUGGCCAUGAUAGCUGGGGAUGAAUUGGAGUCCAACAUAUGGAGGGCCCCAGGUUCCCCAUUCCUGCAUUAUGAGCAGCUAUAUUUCUGGCAAAUCUCAAAUUAUGUGCAUUGCAUUAUUGUACUGUAGUUGCUGUGUGUUAUUUAAGAAAGAAAAUAAAU